CGUUCGCUUUCAGUCUUUUUACUCGCGCACGUUGGCUUACAAUAUUGUCAUUUUUUUUUUUUUUUAUAACUGCUACCCACAAAAUAUCGUUAUCUUUCUAAACGAUACUCACACGUGAUUGGUUCGCAAAAGUUCUCUACGUUAGCUAUAUAUACUAAGUACGCAAUCUACUACAAUGUCAUCACACACGCAGCUGCGGUCACUGGUCGUAGUAGUGGUCAUCGCCACCGUUCUGCUGCAGAUGACGUCGGGCAGCCCCGUGUCGGCGUACGGUUACGGAGCGACACCGGACUACUACCGUCACGGCGGCUACUACAGGCGCGCGGCCGCCGAUGACGAACACGCCGACGCCCCGCCCAAAUACAACUUUGCUUACGACGUGUCCGACGCGUACACGGGCGACUACAAGACGCAGACCGAAGUGAGGGACGGCGACUAUGUCAAGGGACAGUACACGGUCGUCGAACCGGACGGCACCAAGCGCGUGGUGGACUAUACGGCUGACGAGCAGAACGGCUUCAACGCGGUCGUGUCCAAAGAGGGCCACCCGGCCCCUUCUGUCCCGGCUCACCGACCGCAGGACGCCGGUCCGGUUUACCGACCGGUACAGGCUGUCCCAGCCGCUCCUGCUUACCGACCGGUCGCCGCUCCUGCUUACCGACCGGUCGCCGCCCCUGCUUACCGACCAGCCGCCGCUCUUGCUUACCGACCGGCCUACAAACCGGCCUACAAGCCGUCCAUCACGUCCGCCGCUUACCGUCCGGCCCCGGCCGCGGUCUACCAGCACGCCGACGACGCCGACGUCGAGCCUACCACUUACCCGGCCGCACCGCUAUACAAAUCCGCCUACAAGCAACCGCCUUCCUAUUACCCGCGCAGACCGUACUGAUCGAAUCAUUACGAUUUUAAUAAAUAAUUUAAUAUUAUAUUAUAUCGAUCAAUAAUGACUAUAUAAUAUUAUAUAUUAUUAUUAUGUUAUGCUUAUGACUGUAAAUUUAUUCAUUAUCACUAUAUUUAAUAUUAUAAAAAAAUGUCAAUGUUGAAUGUAUAAUAUAUAUAUAGAUCGAUCGUUAA